GUGAAAGGUACUGACGCAGAAUACAGCGGACAAGCGUAUUUCCCGGCUCGUGAGGUCGCAUCAGGGACAAGAGGGGAGUUGCGUGAAAGGGAAUGGUUAGCGGAAAUUUGCCGUAAAAGAGGCUCGGGAUUCCCGCAUGAUCCUGUACUACAGAACACGCCGAGAGGAAAUCCUGCAUCUGCGUCUUUGCCCGCAUCGGCUAUAAACGUUAACGGCUUCUUCCUCGUGGCCUUUACGAUUUGACAAACGUGCAAAAAUGUUCCUUACGGAGCGAGAGCGGACGAGUCAGCGUUUCGUUGGUGCAAAAAGCGCAGGAUCAAAUAAUGUCUGCUCUCGUAAAAAUCAAUGGCGCGUGACUCGUCGGCGGAAAGCCUCGUCACCUCCUGUGGGCGCUCGUGUAACGUCAUCGUUGCCGCCGGCAGUUGUCGGCCAUUUCGUUAUGACCGUUACUGCCACCUACAGGACAGGACCGGACAUGUCUGAUUGCUCGGCCUUGGCGGAGGUCCGUGCGCUUAAAACCCGGCCCACCCAUCUGUGACGUGAUCAAACAAUUGUGUUUAUUGCAGAAUCAAUGCGAAUGUGUUCAUUGAAUUGAUUUCGAAUUGAUUUCUAAUCCGUUCAUGCAUUUGCAUUUGACCUAUGUCAACGAACUGGCCCCCCCUUGUCCAUUUUAGAGAUGACCUUUGGCCCACAAACGUUGGGCCAGCUCUGCAUUAGGUGGCGGAGGUGUCCCUAAUGUUGUGACCGGCGAGUUUCAGCCUCUCUCGAUCCAAAAAAAAAAAAAAAAAGGGUGAUUUAAAGGCGGGAUGAGAGGAGGAAAUGAAGCAAGCGAGCGAUGGUGUCACGGCCUCGGUCGUCUAAUCUCCACAUCCUCCCGAGCAGCUGUCCAAACGUCUGACUUCACCUCCAGGAUGGAAGGAUGCAACACGCGCACUCCUGCCUGCGCGUUGCACUUUCUCGCUGGCCAAUUCGCUUUUGCUUUGUCAUAUUUUGCAUGAGAUGGUUACGGCACAAUUACUACAAUGCCAUCAACCGACCCCGUGACCUGUGAUGUCACUAACAGAGGAGCCAUUUAGCCCUUUAUUAAGCUAUCCUUCCUAGCAUGGUCAGGCGUUCACGUGGGCUAAUUAGAACCAUAACGUCAUUGAUUAUGGCAUACAGUAAUUGCCGCGUAAUUACCGAUAUUAUGGCUUGAGCAGUCAGGCUGAGAAGCGUUGCGCACUUUUGCGUUACUUUCUUGUAUUUCUUCGCCCCGACCGACGUCGUUUGAGAAGAGCCAUUCGGCAGCGCAUCAGCGCGUCGUCCCUUGCAAGGUGAGACGCGCAACGUGGGCCAAGUAGCGGGGAGACUGGUGGCGGUUGGGGGAAACGGGAGGCCAUAUUUAGAAAGAAAACAAAAGCGUUUGCACGUGGAAGGUCUCAGUGCAGCCCACGAGGAGGGACGGGCAGCUCAAGCUUUUCUGGGAAGACGUCGGGGGGAGAGUAUUUGGAUCGAAUUUCAAGACGGAACAUCCGCGAAAUAGUUUCGCAUUCGUCCUCCUUCUUCUUCUUCUUCUGGCAUGGAGAUGAAUUUCUUCCGGCUUCUGAUUGGCUACAGCAGCCUGACAAUUCGGACUUGAAUGGUUUAUGACGAGCGAAGACGCAUCCUGGCCUUGGCCCGUCUCCUUCUGCGUUUCCUUAUCUGGCUCUCCGAGCUGCUGGACCGGCUCCAUGUGCAAGGAGGCGGGGGGACGUGCGGGGGUGCCAAAGAAGAAGCCGAGUGUGGCGCUGGUAGCCGACGUGGAGCUACGUGCGCGCGCCUCGUGCGUGACGCUGCUGCGGACGCUCCAGCGACGACGACGGCCCGUCGGUGAACCUCUCGGGGAGGAGCGUUCCAACGAUAAGUCGUGAAAUGCGGGGAAUGUCGAAUAUUUCCACCCGACCGUUGAGGCUUCCGUGUCGCGUGAGACUCAUGGAAAAAGGCAACAAGGCGGCCCCGCAACAGCAAAACUUUCCGUCUCGGCAGCGGCUCAAUGCACACAAUAUGAAGGGAAACCCGUAUGAGGACCAUUGCAUCCUUCAGCAUUCCAACAGGAUAUGCGUCAUCACCUUGGCCGAGACUCACCCGCUGCUGGAGAAAGGGCGAACCAUCGCAAAGAUCGACUACCAGAUCAGCAACGGCUGCAGCCGCUUAAACAACAAAGUGUCCGGAAAGUCCAAGCGGGGAGGUCAGUUCCUUACCGAAUUUGCUCCUCUGUGUCGGAUAACGUGCACGGAUGAAAGAGAGUUCACCGUCUACAGCUGCAUCAGGGGACGUCUUCUGGAGGUCAACGAGAACAUUCUGGAAACGCCGGCCCUCUUACAGGAGAAGCCAUCCACGGACGGUUACAUCGCCGUCAUCCUGCCCAAGUUUGAGGAGAGCAAAAGCAUCACAGAGAACCUUCUGAGUCGGGACGACUUUGAAAAGCUCGUCGCCGGACGAGACGCCGCGCAGGCGACGGCGGUAACGCAACCGUCCUGACGAAGCCUCGUGUGAAAAAACAAAAAAUGAAAUGUGGAAGAAGUGUUGCUCUGUGCCUUCACGCCAGCCACGUCUUUGGGUACACUGUGCCGGAGAAUAUUCAGCAUAGGUUGGAGUGUUGACUUAUUAGACAUUUGCAUUUGAUUGGGCGAGUCCACUUUUGGGGGACUAAUGGAAACAGGCAAAACGACCCAAAACUUCUGGGCGUGGAUUCUAGAGACUUAUUAUUAUUUAUUUUUUUUGUGGGUCUAAUCAUGACAUGACGGCAACAGCAAUUUAAGCUGUUAGUUGAGUUUCUUCAAAGUUCGCUGCCGCGCACGUGGUGGAAAAACCAAAAAUGCUUCCCGAUGAAGUGUACAACAUUUCGAGGAAAUGCGGCAGACUUCCUGAGACACGGCUUCCUUCCGAGUUUUGCUCAUGACAGACACGUUGCUCCGGGGGGCAACUUAUUAAAUGUUCUCGUUUUAUGGCGAGUCAUCCAACUGCGUCACCGCGCUACGCCCGCAGGCUAUGACAAAAAGUCAAAAUGUCUUGCAAUUUUUGGGAGCAGCCCUCCGUUUAGUGUACGUGCUUCCGAUUUUGCAGCAGUUGCGAGAAAACAAAUUCUCGGAGCUGUGGGAAUGGUCAAAAAUGACUCCUGGAUGGCCACCUUAGUGUCUUUUCCAUUCUCGCCUACAAAAUGUCACGUUGCUUAGUUCAACUCUCUUGUAUUGGUUGUAAUACCUAAUGGCGGUUGUAUAGAGUGAAAACAUUUGAGUUUGAAGCCUUAUUUAUGGUUUACUUAAGUUUUGGGUCAAUGGCAAAUCAUGUUUAGUUUUGUAUAGAUGUCACUACAAAACAACCAACAGUGACGUAAUAAAAAAUAGUUUAUUAUUUA